AUGGGUUGUGGCAGAAAUCUAGGGAAGCAGAAGCCACUUCUGACGGCCAUUACACUGCUCAUCAACUAUUCUCUUCACAGCAAGCGAGCAUGUAGCCGCACAUGCGAAUCUGCGCACUGCAAGUUGCCGCCAUUCUUGAGGUAUGGGAAGUAUUGUGGAGCGCUGUACGGCGGCUGCCCAGGCGAGAAGCCGUGCGAUGCCCUCGACGCCUGCUGCAUGGCCCACGACGCCUGCAUCCAAGCCAAGGGUGACUACCUGAGUACGGAGUGCAACGAGAAGUUCCUGAGCUGUAUGGUGCAGGUGAGGAAGGAAGGGGGGAAGACUUUCGAGGGGAACAAGUGCGAGGUGGACGAAGUCGUCAGCAUCCUCUCCCCUGUCAUCGAGGCUGCCAUUCUGGCCGGAAAGGCCCUUCACAAACCCUAAUUAUGAAUUAUAUUAAUUACAUGAUAUAUAUAAUUAAAAGAGCUCUACUGCUCCAAAGAAAGAUCGAUAAAGAGGUUGAUAGGCAGAGAAGCCGUUUGGAAAUAUUGGGCCUUUCUCUAGAAAAUUAGAGAGAAAACGAAAAAUUAACAGAAGAG